UUUGCCACAAAAUUCAUUAUUAUCAAAACAUUCACAAACUUUAUUAAUUAAUUUUCUGUAAUUUCUAUAAUAUUUACAUAUAUACCUCACCAUGGUAGUCUCAACCUUUACAAAUGAUUAUUCUUCCCCUAUAGCUCCAUCACGUAUGUUCAAGGCUUUAAUCACAGACUCUAGCAAUUUGCUUCCAAAACUCUUACCUCAGUUCAUAAAAGAUGUCAACUUAAUCCAAGGAAAUGGAGAAGCUGGAACGAUUGAACAAGUUAACUUUGCUGAAGCUAGUCCUUUCAAAUAUCUAAAAAACAGGAUUGAUAUGAUUGAUAAUGAUAACUUGGUGUGCAACUACACUAUGAUUGAAGGAGAUCCAUUAGGUGACAAGCUUGAGUCAAUUGCUUAUGAGGUUAAGUUUGAGGCCAUUGAUGAUGGAGGUUGUCUUUGUAAAAUGACAAGCAAAUACAAUGCUAUUGGGGAUUUUGAAGUCAAAGAGGAAGAGAUAAAGGAAGGAAGGGAAAACUCUAUUGGAAUAUGCAAAGUUGUGGAAGCAUACUUGCUGGAGAAUCCACAAGUCUAUGUUUAGUUUAUUCUUAUUCAUUUUUUUUGACAAAUAUAUACAGUCAUCUUAUUAAAAGAUGAAAUACAAAUUUAUUUAAUUUUUGAAAUAUUAGUGUGAAGAGUCCACCCAAACAUUGGGACACUUUGAAUUUGUAAGUGUUGAAGUUCUUAAUAAGUCCUUAGCCAUCAAAAGGGCAUUCUUUGUGAUUUGGUAAAAUAUUUUUACUUGGUUAUUUUAUUUUAUUUUAA